ACUUCUUUUUGAGAAUUCUUACUUCACACCCAAAACUGACCAAUCUGACCCCUACAAAGAGCACGCAUAAUACUCUGUAUCUUGCUCUGCCUCUCACAUUUCCCAAAUACUCUGCUUCCCUUCUCCAGCCAUUCCAAUGAAGCAGCUUGAUACCCGCAGCUUACACCUUGGUAUGAUUCUUCUCUUUUCUAUAAGCCUACUAUGCUUGCAACCCACCACUGUUGCUACUGCUGCCACCCCAACAAAUGAGACUGAUCGUCUUGCUCUUCUCAAAUUCAAAGAAUUGAUACCCAAUGACCCAUUCAACAUCUUCACCUCUUGGAAUGAUUCUAUCCACUUCUGCAACUGGCAGGGAGUUAUAUGCGGCCGCAAGCAUCAAAGAGUUACGACCUUGUACCUAACUGGCUAUACUUUAGGUGGAUCCAUAUCACCUUACAUCGGCAACCUCAGCUUUCUUAGGGUGGUCAACCUCUCAGACAACUUCUUACACGGAGAAAUUCCACAACGGGUUACUCAUCUGUUCCGGCUGCAACGUCUCGAUCUUAGAAAUAACUCGUUGUCGGGGGAAAUCCCAAGCAACUUGACAAACUGUCCGGAACUCAGAAUCUUGGACUUCAGAAGGAAUCAUCUUUUUGGGAAUCUUCCUAUUGAACUCGGCUCUUUGAAGAGGCUUGUGGGGCUUGCAGUCUCCGUAAAUCAAUUGACGGGAGGCAUCCCACCUUCUUUAGGAAAUGUUUCUUCGCUCCGAGUACUUGAGUUUUCGCUUAAUUAUUUCGUAGGAAAUAUUCCAGAGGAAAUGGGUCAUUUGCAAAGGUUGGCUUACUUUGGAGUCGUGGAUAAUAAUAUGUUCGGUACGUUCCCUCAUUCCCUCUACAAUGUAUCAAAUUUAAAGAGCAUUGAAGUCGGAUAUAACCGACUUAAUGGCACUCUUCCAGCCAAUAUAGGCCUCACUCUACCUAAUCUCCGAAUUUUGAAUAUCUAUGGUAACAAAUUCUAUGGUCCAAUCCCAGUUUCACUAUCCAAUGCUUCUCAGCUUGAAGUCCUUGAGCUCUCCUAUAACAAUUUUGUGGGGCAAGUUCCAACUGAUCUAGGAAACCGGAUAAAUGUCUGGUGGCUAGCUGUUGCUAAAAAUAAUCUUGGAAGUAAUUCAACCAAGGACUUGGAUUUCUUAACAUCUUUGCAAAACUGCACAAAACUGAAACGGCUAGCUUUUGCUGAUAACAAUUUUGGAGGUAGUUUACCUGAUUCUAUAGGUAAUUUGUCGAAGCAACUCAAUUAUUUGUACAUUGGCGGCAAUCAAAUAUCUGGAAUUAUUCCUGAAUCAUUAGAGAAUCUCAUGAACUUAAUUCUUCUCGACAUGCGAAGGAACCUGUUCACAGGCACCAUUCCCACUUAUUUUGGGAAGUUACAAAAGCUACAAGUAUUGUCUUUGCAUGGAAACAGAUUGUCGGGGCACAUACCAUCCUCUCUAGGCAACCUCACUCAAUUGUUCGCACUUUACUUGUAUCAGAACAAAUUGGAAGGAAGCAUUCCAUCAAGUUUUGAAAACUGCAAAAGUUUGAAGUAUUUAGAUAUUUCCCAAAAUAGCCUUAGUGGAGCCAUACCCAAAACGAGUCUUUCUUCCCAAUUACUAGCACUCAGCUUAUCACAAAACUCAUUGACAGGCAUCCUAACUAUGGAAGCAGUAAGCAAAUUGAAAAAUAUUUUGGAAUUGGAUGUCUCCGAAAACAGUUUGUUUGGUGAGAUUCCUGCAACAAUUGGAGAUUGCUCGAGUAUGCAGAACCUUUCCUUGCAAGGUAAUUCAUUUGAAGGAAACCUACCUCCUUUGGCUUCAUUGAAAGACCUUCGCUAUGUAGAUCUUUCAAGAAACAAUUUCUCGGGAUUAAUUCUUAAAGAUUUACAGAAAGUUUCUGAU